CGGACCAAGAAGCUUACAGUCGGCUUCUCUUACAGCUGACGUCAUUCAAAGGCUGACCGCCAAAAUAGCAUAGGAGUUGGGGGGUUUUAAAAAAUAAUUUAGGGCUAACCUGCGAGUCGGCCCCCGUGCCACUAUUCGUCCUUUUUGUCCAGUGUGGGUACCCGUAGGGUUAAUGAAAAGACGGAACUCUUGAUAUCAAUUACGCAGAGGAAAUAGGGUCUGAAUGAAUCAUUCUCUCCCUCCCUCUCUGCCCUCCCGCCCCCGUCUCGCGCUCUCCUGGCCGGGCCAUCUUUAGAUAUGUUUUCUCAUUCCCAGGAUCGCGUUAUGCGUUACCGUGUAACGGUAGGUCAGGGUAGAGUGCAUGCAUAAUAAGCCUAGAUAACUUAACCCCUUCGCCGACGUAAAUCUGGGGAAUAAAUGUAAAUAAAUAAUCUAGACGCUAGAACAACGCAAAACAAAGUUCAAUCGUAAUAGCAACAACAGCCUAUUUUUAUUAUUGCUGCAAUUAUUAUUAUUAUUAUUAUUAUUAUUAUUAUUAUGCUAAAUUGCAGAAGUCCUUUAAAUUAAUCCCUGCCCGAAGUCCUGCAAUUUGUGUGUCGCUCAACUGCGUUUAAUUUUGGUUUAGUUCAUAACUCCUCGCUUGCGCUGACUUUAUUUAAAGUUCUGAAUAGUCCUUAAAAGCAAAAGACAAAUAAACAAAUAAAUAAAUAAAUAUUAUGAGGUUAUUACCAAAGCGGUAGUUUAUUCCUGGAGUUACUUCCUGGAGUUCACCUCAGCCACGCUUGUUCGUAUCUGCCUAUGAUCUCAGCCUUGUUUUCCAUCUUUGGAGAUCAUUCUCGGCCACGACCAAGGGGCGUGUAUUUGUAAAUAAUACAUCUUUCUUUCUUUGUGGUUGGGACUUACGAGUUGUCACGUUUUCUGUCGGGGAAAAACAAAUCUAUGGUUUCAACGUCCAUUGUAGUAGCCUGUGUAUCACAAUAUAUUUUUCAAAGCGCGGUUGGACCGAAAUACAAUAAUACUGUCGUGGUUAUUUAAAAUAGCAAAUAGCGUUAUCGCGCACUGACAGCUAUAGGACACGUUCGCUCAACGAAUCCGUUCGCAUUUCCCCGAACAACAUGGUCGGAUGGGUGCUGGAGGACGCUGUUUUGUAGCUACAAUUUAUUUUGCUUUUUAAUAUGAAAUUUACGUAGUGACACAGGACCUGCACUUCUUUCUUUUUUUGAACGGAGUUGCCGAAUAAGAAACGGGAAAUGAAGAACAGCGCGCGUGGUGUCAUCCUGGCUCUCUGGUUAAUUGUGGAGUGCGUUGAUGCCAAGAAGUACUGCUGGUAUUUUGAGGGAGGCUACCCCAUCUAUUUUAUAUGCCGGUCUUACGAGGACUGCUGUGGAACCCGGUGCUGUGUCAGGGCCCUCUCCGUCCAGAGGCUAUGGUACUUCUGGCUGCUGCUGAUGAUGGGGGUGCUGUUCUGCUGCGGGGCCGGCUUCUUCAUCCGGAGACGCAUGUACCCCUCGUCCCUCAGCGAGGAGCCCUCCUUUAAUGUGUCCUUCACUCGACAUCCCUGUGUCACGCAAGGGGUGCAGCAGCCAGGCGCACAGCAUUAUGGGGAUCCCGGAGGAGGAGUGAUGUCACCGCUGGCCCCCGCCUACCAGGUGCAGCCGAACGGCGGCAGCAUGAUGGCGCACUACCCCCCGCCCCCGUCCUACUGCAGCCACCCGCCCCCGCCUUACGAGCAGGUGUUCCAGGGCUCGGAGAAGAAGUGA